AUGGACUGCGAUGGAAAGUGCGAUCUCUUUGGCACGGACAUAGACGACCGACCAUUCAUUGGUCUCUCGGCUUUCAAUGUGAAAGCACUCACCUACUGCGAACUGCAAGACAUCCUGCUCGAUGCAUCUCUGUUCAGCAUUCUUGACCUCUACCCAAAUUACUCCAGGGAGUUCUCGGCUGCCUUACACGAUGAACUCUCCUUCAAUAUCAAAGAGGGCUACGAUCCAUUUGCCAAAGACGACAUUGAGACAUUGGCAGCGAUCACAAAGCACUCUUCAUCACCCCAAAGCCUAUCUACUCUACCACAGUGCUCUUCUGAGGCCAACACUGACCACAGACUCAGCAACAGUAGUGUCACAAGUUUACACCGGGCGUUGGAAGAGGGCGAUCUUAACGCCUCACCGGGUCUGCGAGGCUCCCAGGAGCACCUGCUUGGGAAAGCUCAGCAGAGUCGAUGGUAUCUUGCCUCUUCGUCAGCAGGCAGUGAAACCACAGUGGAUAAUCUCGUUGGGGGGAUGUCGAUAAUGGCGAAAGUUGGUGAGGGUGAGGAGUCGUUGACCUCGAAGGUUAAGAGGAGCCUCCUAUUCUCGUGCCGGGCAGGUAGAGUGAGUUGUCAGCAUACAAACCUUUCGAUGGACUCGUUUAUACCGUCGGUUGAGGAAAAAGAGGCCACAAAGUCUAUAAGACGUAUCUGUUCCAUUGAGCGUGUCAAUGAGGCAAACAAUUUCUUUGAAAGAUUUUUAACAGAGUACUCGCAGGCUGGAGUACCACCUCCCACACCGAAUCGGACACCUCCUACAUGUGAUCUCAACCCCGACCCCCUAGUCAAUAACAGCAGCGAGCAAAAGGAACUAAAAGUGCUUCUCUUCACACUAAUUCGCAAUGUCCAGGAGAUGCGAGCCGAUCUACAGUCGCUGGCGACUGAGGUGAGCACCUUACGACAACAGCAGCAGCGACGGCAGCAGUUAAUUCGACCUCUGCGAACACCCAUGUCGGAGCCGGAUUUGUCGCCCCAACACCACAUACCAAAGGCCAGCAUCAUGAAGCCCUCAUCAGCACCAACAUCAGCCUAUAUGGUGGAGCAAUACUCCGGGUCCUCAUCGUCUUCCGAGGGCUUGAGUCGUAACGGAAGCCAAAGGACCACCCCUUCUGCCUCUGCUGCCUCAGCUAACUCCCAGGGCAAUGUAUUUUUCUCCACUGUGUCUCCACCGUCCCGAUGCGUGAAAUUUAAUUUGCCGGAUAAGCCAAAAAAGAAUCACAAGGAGAAGCACACUCACAGGCCAGAAAGACGGUGGAACAGUGGGCAGGUCUCCCCCGAUCCCUGUGAUGCUUCCGCUACCGUCUGUGCUGCCUCGACGUUGGAUGAGUGUAGAAAGUAG